AUGUUGCCCUCCGGCGAUCACAAGAUCCAGAAUUUUUUGCAUAAAGACAGGUUUGUCCACAUGGAAACUGGGGGCGCGGUCGUUGGCUUCAAGGAUGCUGAUGUUGUCGAGCUCCUUGUUAAGGACGAAGUUCUGGGUCUUGCAACUCUUUUUGAUAAAUUGAGGCACAAGUAUAUUACCAUCGAUAAACAGACAGGGAAAGUCGUAGGCAGCGCCGAGCCCCAGGUGCUCCAGUUCUCCACCGAGGGCGAAGGAAAAUAUGUAAUCCAUAAAAAGGACGUCAACGAAGUGUGGGUCCUCAAUGAAGACAAAGACCUCACCCCGAUCGUUACUGCUCCGGCUCCUCCCCCAAGCGUUCGGGAUCAUGAGAAAAAGUACUGGCUGUUCGUGAAGGCUUAA